GUCUGUUAGAAUGAAGCUGCCGGGGAUUUUGUAUUGGUGAUGAUUGACAUUGGAUACAGUGAGUCUGUUACGUCCAUAUUAGGCGACCAACUCACAGCAAUACAGAGAUGACUCCACCUUUUUCCAGCUUCAUCAAAGGGGUUGCGUCGAGAGAUUUAAGCGGAAAGGAAGAGGAAGCAGAGCUGACUUCACGCUGUCGCUGGUCGAAGUUAUCAGCCGGAUUUCGACAGUUUUCGCACGUUAAUUUCAAAUAGUUGGGUCACAACAAUUCAAGACGGCAAACAUGCUUCGAGAGAUUCAGGCGAUGGGCUCACACGCCAUGGAUAUCUACGACUACCUCUUGGCGGGAAUUGAUCCACGGCUAAAGGAAUAUCCACUGAUGCAGAAUCCUAUUCCCAUGUCCUCAAUAUUGCUGUGUUACCUAUUCUUUGUAAUGUACCUUGGACCUCGCAUAAUGGCCAAUCGAAAGCCCUUCCAGCUUAAGGAAGCCAUGAUAGUCUACAAUUUCACCCUAGUGGGACUGUCAUUAUUCAUUGUCUAUGAAUUCCUGAUGUCUGGUUGGGCCACAACAUAUACCUGGCGAUGUGACGCAGUUGAUACGUCUGACAGUCCUCAAGCACUUCGAAUGGUCCGAGUGGCCUGGCUGUUCUGGUUCUCCAAGAUUAUUGAGCUCAUUGACACAAUGUUCUUCAUUUUGAGGAAAAAGCACGGCCAGGUCACCUUCCUGCACAUCUUCCACCACUCCUUUAUGCCCUGGACCUGGUGGUGGGGAGUUGCCUAUGCUCCUGGUGGAAUGGGAUCUUUUCAUGCCAUGGUGAAUUCCUCCGUCCACGUUAUCAUGUAUUUCUACUACGGCCUUGCUGCUGCUGGACCACGCUUCCAGAAGUUUUUGUGGUGGAAGAAAUACAUGACUGCCAUUCAGCUGACCCAGUUUGUCCUGGUUUCUCUCCACGCUACCCAGUAUUACUUCAUGGACAGUUGUGACUAUCAGUUCCCAAUGGUGCUCCACCUCAUCUGGAUGUAUGGAACCUUCUUCUUUGUGCUCUUCUCCAACUUCUGGAUCCAAGCUUACGUGAAGGGGAAGCGGUUGCCAAAACAAGACGUAAAGCAGUGUAGGAACGGCACAGCGGUCCACAACAACGGCAAACACCACGAGAACGGCAUUAACUACAGAACCAGCAACGGAGCCGGCAACAGCUCUGCUCCCCACGAGAAUGGCAGCACUCACGUGAGCAAGAUGAAGAAGGCUUAGGACCCCUGGAAGGAAACACCCAAGAAGUAUGACCCAGUGAACCUGUUAAAACUACGGAUUCCAAAGAUAGUUUUGGCUGUGUUUCUUUUCCUGUUUUUGGGUUCAUGUGCAACACAUGGGGAGAUGAUGUGGUCAAUGAUUUCCACAGCUAGGGUCCCCCAUUUGGUUGGUUUGUUUUUUGGAGUUGGUAAACCAUUUAUGGAACAACACGUAUGAAGAGAAGAUGUUUUCACUUAAAUGUUAUCUUCACUGAUUUUGCAGCAACCUGUAGUUCAGUAUCACACAGGUGGCCUUACACCCCACUUGCCUUCACUACUUAUCUGACCCCAACAUCAUCCUGAGCACCCUGUGGAUAGAUGACUGUACAGUUUUAUCAAACUUGAAAGUACUUUUUGUAAAUAAUUUUACAGAAAAAAACAACUAAUUGUAUUAGUAUGCUUUAGACUUUCUAAAUUUUGUUAUUGUGUAUUUAAAAUUAAAUGCCAAUAAAUUCAAUUUAAAAUUCUCUAAUACACACUGUGUGUCAGUAUUUCCAUUUGCAGAGUAGGCGCUGACUUUAUGCAUAAUUUGCUGAAAGGGUUUUCAGAUUAUAGUUGUCGGGGCUUCGGGGGAAAACUCGGACAUUGUGCUGCGUUGCAACAAAGAAGAAAAGCAUUUAAGUUUUCUGCUUGAGCCUCUUGUCUUGGCCAUCCCAAGUAUGCGGAGCAAGUAGGAGGUAAACAAGAGCCCCAUUCUGCUUUGUUCAAAUUCUUCAUUCAUUGUAAAAGGCAGAGAGAAAGCAUCCUGUAGACCGGCUCUACACCCACCCAACUCAACCAUCAGCUGGUUCUUCGCGGUCAGAAAUACGGUCAUAUUACCACUCUGAGAAAAGGUUUUUACAUCCAUUGAGCCUGCAAAUGGAUGCAAUCAAUAAACCACUGAUCUAGUACACACAACAGUGGUAAACUGCUUUGUUUUUCAUUAUUGCAAAAUACCAUGUCACACCUGUAACUUAACCUUCCUUUAAAGUUGUUAAAUGAAACUUAACUUCAGGGCAAGAAAUGUUGUAUUCACUAUAUUAUAUCUAUUAUGUAGCGAAAGGUGUUUCUUACAUUCUAACCCCCUCAUGUUUGUAAAUGGGCUGGGCAAGACAUUAAAAACUAAAACAGUUUAAUGUAUACCUGUUUGAUAGUGCCAAUCAAAACUCAAUAUUAUUAUCUUUACAAUCUAGGUGUUGUGUUAAAUUGCAUUGGAUUUUACAGGUGUACCUAAUAAAUCACUGAGUG